AUCUGAAGUUGACCACAUUAAAUAACUACAGUUAAAAUUUUUGAAACAUCAUUCAACAGCGCUUUAAAUCGGUUUAGAUCUUCAUCGAACCAAUGAAACCAAGUCGUAGUUCACAUUUCUAUUUGUUUUUGGCUUAUUUCUCAGUUGAAUUUCCCGGGUAAUGGCUGAAACUGAAAAACCUUUCUCGGAUUUCCGCAAAUUAGUAGAUAUCGUAGCAGACGCUUCCGCAUGGAGACCCAGAGCGCCACAAAAAUCAAACUUUGCCGGUGUAUAUUCUUGUUUUGAUUUUCAAAUUAAAAGUUAAAUUUACUGAGUUACAAAUUCUCCGACUUCACGAAUAACUAAACUGUUAAAGCAGUGAUUAAAGUGCGAAAAUAUGCCUAACAUAAAAUCGUUUUACGUGACUGUCCUCUCUCAAGCCCUAUCUCCUUGUGAGGAAUUUCUAGCUGCUGGAACCAAUUUUGGGAAUGUCAACAUAUUUAAUAUCAAAAGUUUGUAUGCCGAAGAUGAACAGGGUCCACGUGAAAGCCUCACAUUACCACAGAAAUGCUUUUCUGUCAGUACCAAACCUUUGCAAGCUAUAACAUCUUUAAAUGAUAACUUACUCGUUGGAGGCAAGAACUGUAUUGAGGCAUUUAGCUGGAAUCAAUUGGUGCUUCCACAGAAUAGUGAUGAGAAGGUGAAACCUUGCUGGAAAGUUGAUCUUCGCUUGCCAACUGACUUUGGCACUAAAGAAACUGUAGAUUGCAUGAUUAACGGUGAAAACUCAACUUUUGUUGCUUGUGGAGACAACAAUAUUCAUCAUGUAGAUCUUGAAUAUGGGAAAGUUAAACAAACCUUCUCUGGUCAUACUGAUUUCAUUCACUCAAUGUCCCUGGUUGGGAAUCAGCUAUCAAGUGCAAGUGAAGACGGAACAGUAUGCAUCUGGGAUACUCGAAAAUCAAAACCUAAUCACGUAAUUACACCACAUUUGGAGUCUAAACUGAAUCGACCCCAUCUGGGAAAAUGGGUUGGUGCUGUUGCUAUGAAUGAAGAUUGGUUGGUGUGUGGAGGAGGCCCGCACUUAGGACUUUAUCAUUUACGAUCUUUGACAAUGAGUAGAGUAUUACUCGAAGAAGACGUCCAUGGUGUUAACAACGUUAUGUUUCACGAAGACAAUAUAAUCGUCGGCGUAGAUGGACCGUUUGUAUACCAAUGCUUAUUUUCGGGAGAUAUUACCGUCAAAAUGCCUACAAGUCCCCUUAGAGUCUACAGUAUUUGCCUCCAGAAAAAGGAUGCAAAUAAAUUGCUAUUCGUCGGCGGAUCCGGUGGAGACAUUGACAUUUGCACCAGUUCUAAACUACAAGAUCAAGUGAUUCGUUGUCUUUCAUGAAUUAUGUAUCGUCAUUUGAACAUUUUCAUCUCGCUUGCCCUUCCAUCAAUUAUUAUACAAAAAAAAACAAAGACAUCUGCCAUGUCUUUAGAUUAAUAAUGUCAAAUUGUGAUGUUUUAUAUCGAGUAAUGUUCACAAGAAAAUACAUCGUGAUAAUUUA